AUGGAUCACAUACUGGUGGCGUUCAUGUUGCUCUGGAGCUCAGGUCUCCAGAUAGAGGAAGAUGAUACUUUCAAAGAGAUUGAUGAUAUCCGCUUGCUGGGAGGAUCCAGCCGCUGUUCUGGUUUGCUGCAGGUGAAGAGCCAGGGAGUUUGGAGAGAAGUGGAUGACCGUGGCUGGGACCUGAAGUUAGCAGAUGAAGUUUGUAGACAGCUGGACUGUGGUUCUGCGGUUCAGGCUUCGUCAGCAUCACCUACAUCUUCAUCUCCAUGGAGCAUCCCACCUUCCUGUCUUAACUCUAAAUCUAGACUGAGGAAAUGUUUAACAAAAAGGUCAAAGACUUUUUCUGCCAGUUUGGAGAUCAUCUGCUCAGAGUCUGUCAGACUGGUUAAUGGGACUAGUCUGUGUUCAGGCAGACUGGAGGUGAAGUCUAACCAUUUGUGGUCCUCAGUGUGUGAAGAUGACUUUAACCAGCAGGAUGCAGAGGUGGUCUGUAGGGAGCUUGGCUGUGGGGCUCCUUCAGUCCUCCAAGGGACUGUUUAUAGACAAAUGCGAGUUCCAGUGUGGACCAAAGAGUUCCAGUGUGGAGGCCAUGAGUCUGCUCUCCUGGAUUGUCAGAUUGACAGCUCAGGCUCAGCUAGAGACACCUGCUCAUCUGGCAAAGCUGUUGAACUCACCUGCUCUGAGCCCGAUAAUGUCCGGUUGGUGGGAGGAUCCACUCGCUGUGCUGGUGAACUGGAGGUGAAACAACAGGAAGAGUGGGAAAAGGUGGACGACCAAACGUCUGGCUGGAAUCUAAAGACAGCAGAUGUUGUGUGUGAACAACUGGACUGCGGCUCUGCUGUUUCUACAGGUUUGAGGAGGAGUGACUUUUAUGGAUAUAUAUGGCGGAUCAGAUCAACUUGUCUUCAGUCCAAGUCUGCAGUUAGGGAAUGUGUAUUUACAAAGUCUGGAACUUCAAAUUUAAACCUGGAGCUCAAGUGUUCAGAGUCUGUCAGGCUGGUUAAUGGGACUCGUCUGUGUUCCGGCAGACUGGAGGUGAAGUCUAACCAUUUGUGGUCCUCAGUGUGUGAAGAUGACUUUAACCUGCAGGAUGCAGAGGUGGUCUGUAGGGAGCUUGGCUGUGGGGCUCCUUCAGUCCUCCAAGGGGCGCUCUAUGCAGGAGUAGAGGGGCCCAUGAGGACCAAAGAGUUCCAGUGUGAAGGCCAUGAGUCUGCUCUCCUGGACUGUGGAAGCUCAGGCUCAGCUAGAGACACCUGCUCAUCUGGCAAAUCUGUUGAACUCACAUGUUCAGAGCCUGAUGACGUCCGGUUGGUUGGAGGGGCCAGCCGCUGUGUCGGUAGACUACAGAUGAAACACAACAGAGAGUGGAGAGCGGUGGCAGUUGACUUCUCUAACUGGGACCUGAUGUCAGCAGCUGUAGUAUGCAGGCAGCUGGACUGUGGCUCUGCUCUUUCAACAGAAAGAAGAGAUGAUUUGCACAACCAAAAAGCAUGGAUAAUUGCAUCUCCCUGUAGUCCGUCUGAGUCUGCAGUCAGAGAGUGUGCAGUGUUAUCACCUUUGACACGUUAUUAUAGCCCGAUUCUCGGUUUGGAAGUCACCUGCUCAGAUAUUCUGGCUCGGCCAAACAUCUCCUUCUCUACCUACACUGACGGGGAUUCUGAGGCCAAGCAGCAGGGGCUUCAGGUCCUCAUGGGCUCCAACUUCACCAUCAGCUGCUCCAUCCUGCCACAGUAUCCAGGAGGCUCCUUCCAGCUUAUCUUCACCUCCUCCGACAUAACACAGAACUACACCUUGCCAGCUGUCAAUCACUCUGCCCAUUUCCUGUUCUCUGCUGCAGACCACACCCACCAAGGGAACUACAGCUGUGUUUAUCACAUCUAUGUUUUCUCCCACAACUUCUCUUCUGAGAGCCAGCCACUCCAUCUCACUGUCUCAGGUAACUUCUUAGAGAAUCUGGGCCCAACAGGGAAAUGUGACACAUGCAGGUUUGAAGUAGUAUUUAUCUGA